ACUCUCUCACAGUUUUAUGAGUUACUGGGCCACUGUUAGCAUUGAUUUCUGAGAGCCAAAUACAUUUAGUUCAAUAAAACCUUGUAAUCCAAGCCAAGACUGAGACGAGCGGUUCAUCUCUUGUGCUUAGAACUCUUAUGGUCUCUGCGCUUGUCCCAACGUCGGACGUUAGAUGCGUAGUUGUCAUGGCAACCACCUCCGUGUACGGAAGAGCUGCAGGUUUUCCAUGAUCAUGGUGUUGUAGUUCCUGUUUUAUGCAGUUCGCUUAUAUUUGCUUUGGAGUUAGUCAAAAUGAUGAACAUGUUGGGAGAUCGCACAUGCAUGGACAGCUUGAGGAAGGACAUCACUGACCUGCAGGGUACCCUGGUAGAUGUGUUCUCAAGAGUUGGGGCAGUCCGGUACCCUUCGUGGAAAUUUCCAGAUAAAACAUCCUGUGACCUGGACCUAGUGCAGUUGUUAGAGACAUAUGACUAUGUUGAAGAUGAACAUGAGUUCACACAGCUAUCACAUGUUGUUCUACUUGAGCUGGUCAUCGACAGGUUGCUGCUCCUUCUUCAGAGUUUCAGCACAUACACAGACCUAAUAAGUAGUGAGAAAGACCUCCCCCCUGCACGUGACCAGGGAUCUUCUAUGUCCAUUGGCCUGGCAGUCCGCAAGUCCUGGACCAGCAUGCUGAAACUGGGAUCUGCUUACCAACAAUCAAAGUCUGAUAAGAAAAUAAAUACAUCAAAAGAAAAGGAGACAUCAAAGGAAACAUCUAGACGCGUGUCUUCAUCCAGAUGCCAAUCUACCCCCACUUCUCAAAACAGAAUUGAGACCCCCGCUUUGAGAGGAUCCCAAAACUGCAUUGCUUGGGAUACUCGCACAAUAGGCUGCCAGACCAUGGAGUCUUCCCUAGUGCCAUGCGAUGCAUGUGACAUAGCUCAAAGCAGUCUACGAGAAGUCAGUGAUGCCAUAAUUAACGUAUGCAAAGAUCAAAACCUGCCCUGUUCCCUCUCCAAAAUUAAAGAAAGACUCAACCCAAUGGGUAUUCUGUCACCUAAUGAGAUGCGUUACUGGGCAAGUGAAGAAAGUAAGGACAUGGCACGUAUAAGCAAACACCUGUCUGAGCUCAAACAGGUGAUCCUUCCAUUGCAGGAUCAGCUGCAAGCUGCCAGUGUAGAAAAAGAUAAGCUGCAGCAAAAUAUAGAGAGUGAAAAGAAGCAGAUACAAGCCCACCGAGAGGAGAUGCAGAGACAGCUAAAAGAGAAUGAGAGGCAUAUGCAGGAAAAAGAGCACCAGCGCAAGGAAGACAUGAAUAAAAUGGAGAAGGAUAAGGAAGAGCUGAGGAAAGGAGCUGCAGUUCUUGGAGAGCGAGUUUCCAUUCUUAAAGAAGAGCUGAAAUCCCAGCACAGCAUUAUCCGAGACCUGGAAUUGGCAAAAGAGCAACUUGUGUGUGAGAUGCAGAGCAUGGUGAAUAAAGAGAAAGUGACAGAGCUGGAGCAUAAAGUGAACGAAUUGAGAAGUCAUCUUGAUACAACAAUGCAGCUCCUAAAAGAUUCAGAGGAGCAUGUGUCCAAAGAGAGAGCUCGCAUAGAAAGUCUAGAAAACCAUAAAGAGUCUUUGCAGGUGAAGCAGAAAUCACUACUACAGCAGCUAGACCGAUUAGCCCAACAAUGCGAAGACUUGCAGGGCAGCCUGGGAGAUGCAGAGGAGGAGAAAACAAGCUUGGAGGAGCAAAUGGAAAAACUGGAGAAUGAGAAGGAAAACCUAAAGUGCCAACUUGAAGAGAAGCAGGAGGUAGUGAAACAGCUCCAGCAACAGAAACAGAGACUGGAGAAGUCCAUUUCUGGCACGGAGAGCAAACUGAGAGAACUGGAAGUUGAUCUCCAAGAGCAAAGAGAAAAGGCCAGAUUACUGGUAUCUUAUCCUGACUUAAACACCCCCCCAGUGUUUGAAAGCACUGGUGAUAUAGCAGAAGAUAUGGAUAAACAGCUCCAAGCCAAUAGUAUCCGCAUCAACAUUUUAGAGGAGGAGAAUUCUAGACUAAGAGCCAAUCUGUUCAAGCUUAAAGAAAAGGAUCAGCUGGGCCAGCUUAGGCUGGUUCCCCAAACUCAGCUCUGGAACCCCCCUCAAACCCCAAAAACAGUAAGCCCAGAAUCUCAGCAUUUACAAAGCAGCACAAAGUCAACCACUCCCCAAAUGAUCUCAGUGGCCUUAGACCAAAACACAUCCCAUUCCACUUCUAAUGGUCACAAGAGGAAAGAGUCUCCUGGAAGUGCAAACCAGGCACUAAGCUUUGUGACAUUCCCAUCUGAGAUGUCUCCCAUCGCAGCUUAUGGUCGUGUGAAGCAAGUGAAGGGGAGAAAUCGGACUUUUAGUUCAGACCGCAAAUAACUAGCGAGCUGUAAAUCGAAUAAAUAACAGUUUAUUUAUUUUGUAAUAAGAUUCAAUCCCACAUGCCAUCCAUACUGUCUGCUGCUGGUUUACUGCAUUAAUCUAUAGUGUAUGCAGGAAAUAGAUUCCAAAGUUUAUUGAUUAGUUUAGUCUCUACUGAAGGAGAUCAUUCAAAUUCCAGAGAGCAAUGACAAGGGAUGGACUAAUUUUAAUUAGACUUAGAAGAAAACUAGCAAUUUAAUUGUUGAAAAGUAAACAAAACAUUUUUUUAAUUUCUUUAUGACCUGCAAUAAUACAGAUAAAUUAUUUAUCCAGGCCAUUAAACAGUUGAAUGGAUGUAUGUUUGCACUUAGCAUUAUUAAUAUUUAUACUCCACGAGCUAGCAGUGUGUUCUGGAAGUACCAGCAUGUCUUCCUUUUUUUUUCCUUUCUGUCUUUCAGUUUUUUAUUGUUUAUCUCCUCCUCCAGAUGUAUCCCGUUCUCUCUCACUACUACUAAAAUCUGCAAUAAAGUUUUGAAUUU